CAGUAAGUUCACAUUUCCAAAAAUUACUUCGAGGUUGAACUUUGGAAUAGUCCUGUUAUUGUGUCUUAUUCUAUUCAUAUUGUACAAGAUUUGGUGUUGAUUUUAACCGGUUGGAAAUCGGUGGAAUUAUUGGUGCAUAUAUAUAUAUAUGGUUGUUAUAAAGUUAAUUUGUCGUAUUCAGUGGUAUUAUAUACACAAUUUUUUACCUUGGGCAUCAACAGUACUAUUUAUACGUGGUUCACUUUCAACAGCUUAUAACAGACUCUUGGUUGCUGCCCAUUACUGGUAAAUCAGUGUUACAUGUUUUAGCAGUGGUAUUGUACUAAGUUAUUUUGCUAUCUACUUUAUUCGCUUACGUUUGCAUCAGUAAGUUAAAAGUGUUUCCGUUAACCCAAUAUUCGGUGUCUGGUUGUUUCUGUUAUUUUUAAUUACGCGCUGACCUUGAGUGCUAUUUUAUACCAUCAAAAAAAUAUGAUCGCCAGAGGCAACUCUGCGGCGGUGCUGUCUCAGACAUGUACACAAGACAAGGCUAGUAUUCAGAGAUAUUUUGAAGGACAAGGAAUCGAAACUCGCGACAAAAUGAUUCCGCUUAAUGGUUAUACAAAGUACGGACGACGUUUAAACACAGACAAAGGCCAAGGGGGAGUAAUAUUUAAACGAACUGGACACAAAGGGCUGACGCGUCUGAACAGCGCACCGGAGUUAUACAAAGCAGAAUUACCGCCAAUUAACCAGCCUAGAAGGUCUAGUGAUUGUCCUGAGCGAAAACACCGGCCACUAACUCCUCUGGUAGUUCACUCAAACCGCAAGCAAUCCUCUGGAAGUCUUCCGAAGAACUACCGAAUCAAUCUCGAUUUGGUUCCGUUGGUCGAAGUGGGAACGGGUAUUGAAAACUUGGCUAUAAGCAGACGUCGACAGGCGAGUCUAAGCAGCAGUGACUCGUGUUUCUCUAGCAGUACGCCGAGUCCCAGGUUGAAAAUCAGAUCGAACAGUCCGAGGCCGCCUUCCGAGCUUAAGGAUGACCUUUUAGAAAGGAAUUCUGGGUUUCAAAAGCGGCCAAACAGCGCGGAGUCGUUAGAGGAAAUCUGUAGCGAUAAUGAAGACGUCGACGCCAAAGAUACCAUGAUCUUACGUUGGUUACAGACUGUUGAGAAAUCACACGAAACUACAGUUGCUAUGGGCGAGUUGUUACCUUCUAUCAAAGAAGGCAAGCUGGCGUAGUUUGUAAGGGUCUUAACUAGCAAAUUAAAGGUUUUGAAUCGCAUAGAAACGAGGCUAGGGUUCUGGCUAUCCGGUGGAUAAUCCUAAAUUAAACAAAAUUUAAAAUUUCAAAAAUCAAACUUUUGGGGUCCUGCGUAGGUAGUAUUCUAGAAUAAGCCGCCAUGGUUUAUGUCUGAGCUGCUUGAAGAAGAUUAACUUUUAUAUCUUUUUAGGCAGUUUUGACCAAAACUACGAAAUUGCAAUUGCUGCUACCCAAUUCACAUUUUCAUGUAAGCAUAAAAUGGAACAAAGACAACCAAGUAUUUGAAUUCUAUCAAUCCGUUGGGUGGCAGCAAGCAUUUAUUGAUUUUCGUUAAGUCUAUUUUGAGUAAAUCCUUAGUUUAUAGAUACUUUGGGCAUGGAUUUCUAACGUUAAUUUGCAGACAGACUUAACAGUCAAAACAAGUUGAAAAUCGUAGGCAAAGGCGAGUUUUUAUCCAAAUUUUGUGGGAGUGUUAUAAGAUUAUCUAACCAAGGAUAUCUAACCAAGCUUCCUACAGUUAUUUGCCAAAUACAUUGUUAUUGUAUUGAUAACUAUAGGUCUAUAUAUAGUUUACACUGUUGAUGGCCGGAUAAACUCGAUAGACACCCUGCUAUCUUUUCACGAAACUUUAAAAUGAUAUCAACGCGAACAAAAUCUAUAUGCUUGUAAAUCUAAUGUGUUUUUUGUUUUGACAAGCCAGGAAAACUUUAAAAACCCUGGUGCUUUUUGAAAACGUGAACUUGCCAAUAUACUUGGAUCUAUUUGUAAAUUGUACAUAGUCUAGUCGACAUAUUUUGUGCAUAUGGUUCAUAUUUAAAUAUAUAAUUUUAUGUUUUAAUAAACCGGUCGUGACCUUGUUCGUUGCAAGUGCUUGUGUCUGGUAUGUUUACAUUUGCAAGUGGAAAGCGGAAAGAUUAAAGCUCUACAUCUUAUUGUCAAACGCUUUGAGCAGGAUUUGCGUAAUUUUUGAC